CCGACGCAGCUAUUAAGGGCCGACCAACCAGACAAACACGCGGAUCGACCCGUCUACUGCGGAGGAACAAUUAGAGCAACGCAUCGCUAGAACCCGAGCAGCUGAGGCAGCGCAGAGCAACAAGCAAAGCUUACAAAGGACAGUGAGAGAAGGAGAGAGUGAGUGAGAAAGCGAGAGAGAGAGAGAGAGAGAGAGAGAGAGAGUGAACAGAAAAUAACACUAUAAACCCAGAGGACCACAACCUAUUGCGUAAAAGUAACAAGAAAGUAGCUGUUUUAUACUGACCAUUUACACAUCGAACCUAUCGAAAAAUUCUUAUCGUGAAGCGUGAAGCGUUUUGCGUGUGCCCAAGUACACAAGCGCAAGCCCACGCACAAGGACAAUUCGUCAACUCGGACGACGCCGGUGACCGGAAAUCAAACGAGCGGCGUAGGGCCAGUGCUCGAUUUUGCUUAGUACGUUUCAACGCAGAAUUGUCAGUGCUGGGGUACCGGUACGUGCAGCCCGCAGGCACCAUGCUGGCCAUGUCAACGCUGAUGAUGCCGGCCCCAACGAUGGCACUUGGUGCGCCUCAGUUGGCGGUCGGUCCGCACCAGAAGCCACCGGAAGCGAAACUGCUCGCGAUCCACCCGGCACACACGCAGACGCAGACGACUCCUCAGCAUCAGCUGCAGGCGCAACAGCAGCAACAGCAGCAGCAGGCGCAGCAGCAAGCCCAGCAGCAGGCGCAACAGCAGCAGCAGCAACAGCACCAGCAGCAGCUUCAUCAGCUGUCUGCCAUCAAGCAAGAGCACUACCACAUAUUCGUCGGCGACCUGAGCCCGGAAAUCGAAACACAAACGCUAAAGGAAGCCUUCGCCCCGUUCGGAGACAUAUCCGAUUGUCGCGUUGUUAGGGACCCUCAGACAUUAAAAUCAAAAGGAUACGGAUUUGUUUCGUUCGUAAAGAAAACGGAGGCGGAAAAUGCAAUUGCGGCUAUGAAUGGGCAAUGGCUUGGUUCGAGGAGUAUUCGAACUAAUUGGGCGACUAGGAAACCGCCGGCUAGCAAGAACGAAAUCAACGCCAAACCACUGACGUUUGAUGAGGUGUAUAAUCAAAGCAGCCCGACUAACUGCACCGUUUACUGCGGUGGCAUCGGUGGUACUUUGGCCGGCGGUUUGAACGAGGACAUCCUGCAGAAGACCUUCUCCCCGUUCGGUACCAUACAGGAAAUACGCGUCUUCAAGGACAAAGGAUACGCGUUCGUCAGGUUCUCCACGAAGGAAGCGGCCACCCAUGCCAUCGUGGCCGUGCAUAACAGCGAGAUCAACUCGCAGACGGUGAAGUGCUCGUGGGGCAAGGAAAGCGGUGACCCAAACAAUGCACCUUCGCUGGCCAGCCAGGCCCUUGGACAGACCGGAUUUCCCUUCAACACCGCGUACGGGCAGCAGGUGGCCGGGUACUGGUAUCCUCCGGCGCCAGCAUAUCCGGCAACACCUGCACCGGCUGCUACGCCUCUGCAGGGUCAAUUCCUGCAGGGCAUGCAGGGCUACACGUACGGCCAAUUUGCGGGCUAUCAGCAGGGAUAUAUGGGCAUGGGAAUGCAGAUCCCUGGGGCUUGGCCAGCUGUACCGGCUCAGGCGCAAUUGCCAACAGCGGCUCAGCAGAUCACGGCUCAGGGUGUUGGUGGAGCUUUGCCUCAGACAGCCGGUGUCGUCGCCUAUCCGAUGCAGCAGUUCCAGCUGGCUGAGGACGAGUGGUUGGCGCCAAGUCUGCUAGUGUAGCUUCCCUGAUGGCCAUCAAUGUGCGGCUGUGUCUCACAGCGAAAUUAAAGUGCGGAGUACUGGAGGAGAUAUUUGCACACCUAACGCGCCCCUUCAUCUGCAUUUGCCCCAACACACUCCCAAACACACAAGACACGACAGGAAACGCGCAAAUAUACACACGAUUCCGGUGGUACAAAGUGAAUUCGAGGCACGUGCGCCCAUCUCAUCCGCACGUGCUCCCAAGAGUGCAUGAGAAGGCGUGAUGCGAAACAAGCAAGAAAAAAAAACGAAAAGCCAAAAUGAAAAAAAAAAUAGAAAAAUCAUAUAAAAAAGCAAACAAAACAAAAGAAGGUAACAAACCGAACUACUAUCGAUGGACAGAGCCCGGUGCAGAGCAACGGAACAUGAACGAAGGCACGGAGUACUCUAAAGUUAGCCUCAAACUGUGGCUAAGUAGAGCGAGAAUCAUCACUUAAUCCAAUCAUACGUCAGCAAGCUGACGCACGGCAAGGGGGAAGGACCUUUGCAGACGAACGACCGCACGAAAAGGACCCAGCAGAGGAGCACACGCAGAGAAAGAGCACUAAAUUUUACUCCUGAUAUUUUUCAUGAUAGAUAGUACUCAUUCAAAUGAACAAAUGAAACUACACAGAAAAUACAACGCUGAGGUAAGCUGAAAUAUGAGAUAAACGUAGCAUUUACACGGCGAUACUGAUUUUUAGAGCCAGAACGGGAGCAUCGCCAGAGGGUGGCUGGGUGGUACAGCACAAGCACAUGUUUCGUUCAGCCCUCGAGCUACACAGUGUGGUGCAAAACAUUCGCAGAAGCAGAGAUUGUUACGAGGGGAUAAAAACAAGGCGGUAUGCCGUUGAAGGACCUUGUCACGGUGCAAGGUGCAGGUGCGAGAGAGAAGCUUUGUGAAAACAAUAAUGAUUCGUCCAACCAAACACUAACUAACCGGAAGUGGAAGGAGUUUAGACAUGAAUGGGGCCUGUCGUGGGCUGUCGUCGAGCUAGAGUGUUAUGUUCGGUAGAGAGCUAGAUGGGGGUUGCAAUUUGCGUUCUUGUUCUUUACCGUGGUGCGGUUCAGUUCGCUCCUUGCGUUGCCUCGUGUGGAGAAGAUUGCAGGUGAGUGGCAAUUGCUUUAGAAAAACCAUCGCGAACACCGCGGUACGGUGGUGAAUCUGCAUGCAAGACUGAAGUCCGAGCCGGUCUGGCUUCUUAGGCCUUUCCGGGCAUUCAAGUUGGUCCGCCAGGACCGGACCGUGCGGGAUAUCAAUUUACACACGUACCAUGCAUGUCCGCGGUGCAUUGCCGCCGUGACGCACUUCCACUGCAGAUCAGUCGCGUCCUGUUCAGUUUUACACGCCAAAGCAAACCCGAGCAGCUCGCGGCCACCCACAGGGCGUUGUGUUUUGAGCUUCGAAUUUUGUGGAUCUUUUUCAUUUGUCGCCAGAUUCGGUGCGAUCACGCAGGCCAUCUGAUAUUUCUGCCGCUAGCUUGUGCUUUGUCUUGAAUGAUUUGGCAAUUUCCCGGAAAGGAUUUGCAAAAACGCCACUCUGUUUUAUCGUUUCGCGAAUAUCACCAUUUUUGUGAAUUUUUCCUACAAUUUUUUUAAUUUCAUGAGUUUUUCAUGCCGAAGAACGACCGCUGCUUUACGCUGUCUGUCAAUCGGACACGUUACGUAUGUUUGCUGUGUUUUAUCCUUUUAACAAACUGCAGCUGUUGUUGCGUAUAUGACACGAUAGCAUCUGCACGAAUUACAUAGAGCAGGUUUAGUUUUUUUUGCUCCACAUAAUUUUGCGCGUAUGAGAUUCGUUAUCGCCAGUUUACUUUCUGCCGGAUUUAUUGCAAACGCCGUAGUUCUAUUUCUUGCUUUGAAGAUGGACACUACGCGAACAAAUCGUAUGAAAGUAUGCGGAACGGUAUUAAAAAUUCCAAAACUGCUAUAUAUAUUUUUUAUUAUUUUACCAGUUUUUGCGAAUAUACAAUGUUUUUUAUAAACGAACGGUGAAAUGAAACGAAACAUUUGUUUAGACCAAAUAUUUUUAAAUAAACGGAAGAAAACAACAGUGUCAAUACAAUCAAAAUUGCAUAGAACAAACGUAAAAAAAAGAUACAUUCAUUUGAAACCAUUGUGAUGAAAACUAUAACACAACAAAAUAAACAUUAAAUAACAAUGAUUCACACUCACACAGAACAAGAAUGGAACAACAUAAAAACGUAGAUGAAGUUUACCCGAAAAAAUGGAAUGAUAAAUGAUAUUGACGACUAAAGCAAACAAUACAUAUAUGGAAAAAAUAUAUAUAUAUAUUAAUUAUAUAUAUAUAUAUAUAAAUAUAUAUAUUAUAUAGGAGCAUCAUGAAGCUCCGGAAAUAAACGUACACUUAUACAUAUACACAAAAUAGAUAGGAGAUAUUUAAUUAACUGUGAACAAUUUACCAAACAACAACAGCAACAUAAACAGCAACAAACAAAAUGAGAAAAUGAAGUUGAAUCUAACCGAGCUCUAGCACAACGGAAGUGUAGUGAAGAAGAAGCCGUAGAUAAGUACGUGAGAGGUUUUGGAUCAGUACAUACAGAACAUUAAAAUAAUGCGGAAAUAAUAAAAGGAUCAAACAUGAAGAAGAAGAAAGAAAAAAUACCUUCAACAAGAUCAAAGCAUCGAGUUACUUACAGCAACACUAGAAACUCUUUUAACAAAAGCAUUGUAACAGAUCGUUUGUAAUGUUCUAUUUUCUUGAGUACCCACAACCCAAAAACUAUCGAAGUAAAAUUGCUACUCAGAAUUAAAUAACGAGUUAGUGAAUAGCGUUAAAUCUACGGGAUUUUGAACCUAGAUCAAACCGUAACGUUAAGCAAAACUUAUAAACCAGUAAAGCAGAAGCUCAAUCAAAUCAAAACCAAACACUCACGUAAUUUCACGAGAAAAAAAAACAAAAAGGCAAACAUGGUGGUAUUCCAAAAAUGGGUGAAUGGAAGAGUGACUAAAUGAGGAAUAGUAAUUGAAGCAAUUAAACUAGCACGUGGCCGCCGCAGACGCGGUAGGCUCACGAGGCAUUAAAUUAUCCAUUUUAAGCGUUGAAGCAUCGGUAAGCUUAAAGAUCCUGAAGGAAAACGGUGCUGAAGGCAAGCAUCCCGUGCGCCCGUCGAGCGGGAAGCGCUCUAACUAUUGAAUCGGUUCAUCGUUGCCGGAAGCCACGCUCUUUUCACCGUCAGGAUGCUUGCUCUGUGAUGGCGCCCAAGCCCAGCCCGUGGCGGAACUAGCGAACGAGGCAGCGAACGACGAACUGUUUGUACAUUGUAGAUGCACAUCAUUUUAAUGUAUUUCGUUUCCAAACCAACCAGUUUAUGCUUUGUACGUAACGUGGUUUAGUUCUUAGGCGUUGCUUUGGACCAACCGGUGACCGGUUGUGAUUAAAGUGUUCAGUUGGGGAAACCAAACUUUUAAUUUGUUUGAAUGUGCCGACGAGGUGAAAAAUCAAUUUCUACAGUAGCAAUUAAAAACGAUUUAAAGAAAAAAAACGUGACCAGUAGUAUCAAUUCAUUGUGACGACGAUGAUGAUGAAAAACGAUGAUAAUGACGAUGAAGCUGCGAAAGCAGCAUGGAAGAAGAUUGCAAGAAGCAGAGCGCAGAAAAUAGUAAUGCAAAGCAAACAAGUCUUCUUACUAUUGGACAAGAUCCCUAAGACACAUUAGAGGAGAGAUUCCCAUAUCUCGUAUAUUAAAAUAAUAUAUUUACAUAUAUACACGAGUCCCUGAAACGAAAAAAGGUGUUUGUUACUUUAUUUACAACUAUUGAACGUAUUUGAUUGGAUUUCAGUUGUGUAGCCUUUUUGGAGGAUGGUUUUUGUUUUUAGAUAAACAUAUAUAUUGCAUAUAGUUUGGAAAUCUACCUUCAGCCAAAACGGAGCGUUCCGGAAAGGGAACACAAGAAGUAAUACCUAGAGAUCUUAACAAACUGAAUAAAAGAAGAAGAAAAAGACACAAACAACUUACAAUGAACGAACAAAACUUCGCACACAAUUUCUAUACUUAAACGGGACGGCAAAGCUAAAAAAUAAAAAGAGAACGUGAGAAAAUGUGCAUCCGGAAGCGGAGCUAAUUAAGCGCAGUCGAAAAACGAAUGCCACUAACCAAGGGACAGUGUGGAUGUAAGCCCUUUACACAGCAGUAACAUGUCAUUUAAUCAUAUAUUAUAACCUUAAAGCAAACAGCAACCUAACAUCACAACCAGCAGAAAACACAAAAACAAAACAACUAACUUAAACGGCAUAACUACCAAGGCAUAGUUAUUAAAGGCAAGCGUGUGAGCGAGUGAGCCAGGCAAACUCCGGAAUCUCAUAGUUCGGUUUACUAGUGCGAGCGUUAGAUAGGUAUUGGAAUCUUUAAAUCAAAGUAAAAGCAAAACUAAACCCAAAACUAAUUGCUAGAGAAGGGAACGGGGACGAGAUUAACAAAACAAAGAAUGAAGAAAAAAAUCAAACACUACAAUCGUGAGCUAAGCGAGGGAGAAACGCACAAAAGAAAACAUUAGCGCAACAAAGCAGUACACAGUGGUGUGCUAAAUAUUAGCACGCGCGGAGAUAUGUUUUGUUACUACACUGAUUUUGUUUGCCGAGCGAUCUCCACCGGAUGUGUUGGAGAGUAUUUAAGCACACUGACACACAAAACACAUACACCUAAACAUACAGAAAAGCUCACACAUGUUCAUCCAUGGAAGCAGCAGCAUUGUAAGGAUAAAUCCUAUCAAUAUCGGUGCUCGAGGGCGGAAACAUUUAUUAAACAAAAAGUGAAUUAAACGUAGAUUGUCAUGUAAAACAAGUUUGGGUUGUGAUGGAACGACAGUCAGUGGCAGUAGUGUCGAGAGGGAAAUGUGGCCGACGUGCAGUGGUAGAAAAACGAAGGAACAAAUAUAAACUAGAACAAGGGUGUGCUGUGCGUGCGUGCGUGCGCGCGCGAGUGUGUGUGUGUAUGUGCGUUAAAGGGCGGAAAAUUUGCAGCUAAACAUUAUAAGAUAGAUUCACAGGUGGUGACCGUGGCGGUGGCACGACAAGCAGAACGUUCUUCGAUUCAGAUAGAAAAUCUAUUUUUAGUGCAUAUUGUGUAGCAUGUUUUGAGCAUUUGAAGCCGAACCAAUAGCAAUGUUCUCUCUUUGAGUGUACAGUGUGAGCAGAGUAACAAUCGUUGGCGGGAACAUUUUCCGAAAAUAACAAAACACUCGCGCACACAUACACACACUCACACGCCCACAAACACACGAAAGAAACGCACACAUAAGAAAAAAAAUACAAAAAUAGAUAGCAAUAGCGACGUAAGACGCAUCGAGGAGCGAUGUGAAUUGAUUUACUAAACAUUAAACAGCUCUUGAAACAAAUCCAUGCAAAAACGGAAAGGCAAUCGAUUUAAAAAGAAAUAGGGAGGAAGAACAAAAAAAGGGAAACAAAAAGAAAAACUGUGUUACCAGUUACUACGGGAUUUAGCAAACAUGGCUUUCAAAGCGGCACACAUGCAAUUAUAAAAGACAACUAAAGCGAAACAGCAAGGGAGAGGCGAAAAAAAAACGAAGUAAAAAGAAACAAACAAAACCUAUUAUCUACCGUAAGAACUUCUACAGAUACUACUAGUAUUACUAAUAAUCUAUCAAACUAACCGUCACUGCUAGUGAUCACUGGAUACUAUUACUACUACAAUUCCGAUGCUACCUCUACCGGGAGGAAAGCACCACACGAGGAACUGAAAUACUGUGAUUAUUUUUUUUCGUUUUCUGCUCAUGAAACCUUUGGACCUAACCCCUUUUCUAGGUUGUUUGUUCAGCAAUUUGCUCAGCUAGUAGCUCGUUGGUUGUUUUGACUUCGUUGUUGGGUUCGUUAUUAGAGAAAUCAUUAAAUUUUCGAAAAAUUGGAAAGAGAAGGAAAAGGCAGGUAAAUUCAUCUAAAAUGCAAAUCGAAAUGCGUUGUUUCGCGGAAAAACAAAGCAAAAAAACAUCUAAGUGAGCAAAAAUAAUACAGAAAGCGAAUAUAAUUAUAUAAAAAUAUGAUAUAAAAGGAAAAACGAACAACCUGCGAACGUAGCGGAAAGAGUUUGUGCAAUUGUUGAUAAGAGCUCAACCGGAAGCAAGGCAACGAUAUCGGCUAAGUUCAUCCGCAAUAAUGUGCAAUUACCGUAGAGAAAUUAGCGAUAUAUUAUUAGAGAACGUUUGCAACGGCACGACGGUACGAUGAGGGCAAAGGAACGCUUAGAGGAAAGAAAGAAAAGGACACCCUUGAGGAAAAUCGAAAAUGCCAAGCUUACACACCCAAAUACACACUGACACACACACACACACAUAUAUAUAUAUAUAUAUAUACUUUCGCUUCAUCAUCGGUUUUGAUUAGUUUCCACCCGCUCUAGCUUCGUAUUCCUUUAGAGGAAAAGGGCAACAUUUAUGGGCAAAGACUGCCAAACGGAAGGAACAGCAAACAGCAUUAAAGAAGUGAGGUUAAGCAAAAUGGAUAGUUUGCGGGUGAAACCAUGAAAAGAAAAAAACAUCAAAAGCACAUUGUGGAAAAUUCAAGAACUCGUAUGUUUAAGACACAAACAACACAACCACACAGCAUUGACACAUGUAACUAAAUGAAAUAUAAAAGAGAAAAAAAAACAAAAUUUGUAUGUAAACGACCGAGGGGUUGAACUGCAAGCUACUACUACAUUAUAAUUAAAUAUUGCAACAAGC